UCUGAACACAGAGAAAUGCUGCCUUCACUGACCGUCAGAUAUUUCCGUUUCCUCCUCGAUCAGAUGUUUUUACUGUAAUUCCAAACGGCUCUUCUAAACUGAAGUUUCCUCUCCCGUGUUUCUGAGGACAAAGACAGGUUUAUGUUGUUUAUGUUUUGUCCUUGUUUAUACUUAAUGAUCAAUAAUAUUGAUUGAUCAGAGAGCAGACCUUUGUUUCUGAUCAUUAGACCUUCACUGUUUUUUAUUCUCACUCUAUUUAACUGUUAAAUUUUAACAUCAUCUCCUCAUCUGUCCGGUUGAAAUCUCGUGUUUACGUGAUUUUAACCGGACAGUGAAGGCAUCACCAGAGUCCCGCUUCAGUUUCGUUUCUUCUCUCAGAGUCUGAAUCGAUCCGUGAGCAGCAGGAUCAAUAAAACAGACUGAACCAUCCAUCAUCCUCCUCUUCAUCCUCUUCAUCAGAAUGAGGUCAGUGAUUUUCUCACUUCUGCUCAUGAAAAAACUUUUUUAACUUCUGAUAAAAAAAUUGACCCGAAACGUUUCAGACAUUUCGGUGUUUUUGUCUGUUUCCCUCCAGAGGAGACGAAGUUAGUUUGAUAUUUAAGGGAAAAAAAACAUGAAGCUUUAAUUCUCUUUUUGUCAUCCCGCUGAAAAAAAGAAAAAGGUGUUUGAAGUCAGUAAAAUGUAGCCUGGCCGGGCCGUCAUGUUGCGUGAAUCACUUCAUGAUAGUAUGAUAAUAAAGGAGCAUCAAGUGAUUCACGCAACAUGACGGCCCGGCCAGGCUAAUUAACAUGGUCAAAGAAAUCGAUCAUGUGACCAAAUCUUUAGGAGAUGGUCAUCAAUUCACGGAGUCAGUGAAGGUUCGAAGCUCAUGGCUGAAGAAGAGGUUCGACAUUUAUUUACAAAACAAACAUUUUUUUUUCACUCUGUAAAGUGAGUUUAGUCUUUAGUCGUCAGUUUGAUUAGAAAUAAAGAUCAUUUUAAAUGAGUUUUAUCAUCAACUGUGUUUUCUCUGAGCUCCAACAGGAGGUCAGAAACCUAACAGUCCACCAUGUUAUCUUGGAGGACUAAUAAAGUCCUCAUCGUAGUUCAGAGGAACAGAGGAAGUAAAGGAGGAUCAGAGUUUCAGGUUUUCAUAAACACAGAUCUGUGGAUGUUCUCAAUCACUUUUUACGGCGGCCAAGAACUGCAAAUAAAACAGAAGUCACAACAGAAGUUAAUGACACAAAAAAGUGGCGAUGGAAAAAAAAGUUACUGCGAAAAUAAAUCAAUAAAUAAAAGGAAAGGUUGAUAUGAAGUUGUACUGAAGUUAACUCUACUCCGACAUCCUCAACGUUGUGACUUCUGUAUUUUAUUUUAUUUUUUUGCAAUGUCACUUUUUUUUGUGUCGUUAACUUCUGUUGUGACUUCUUUGUUUUUUUCAUUUUCAUUUAUCUGCAGCGGUGGUGGUUCUCAGCCUCCGUAUUUUAACAGUUAUAUGUAAUAAUAAUAAACAGGAUGAUUGUUCCAGUUAAAUAGAUUAUAACAGAUAAAAAUACACAUGAAUGUGAAGAAGUGACUGUUAUUGAGGGAGAGAGAAGGUGAGGGAUACGACUCAACUUACCCCGCUCCUAUGGUCAACUCCCCCCCCCAUACCCGGGGUAAGUUGACCAUAGGAGACCCUGUUGUUGUCCUGCUCUCCUCUGAAGAUGACAGUUCUGUUUACUCUCAUUCUGAUGAAGAACUUCCUGAAAUAUCUGCAGAGACACGAGUCAGAGACUAAACUAGGACUGACCUGAUGGACUGAUCCGGAAACACGGACCAUCUGAACCCGCUCUCCCCUACUGCAGUUUUUCCCCUUUAAAAUGAUUUUAAAACUGAUUUAUAACCUGAUAAACUCUAAAGAGAAGUUGGUUUGACAUCAGUGAGUCACUCGGUCGGUCAGGGAGAAUUAUCGUGAAUCUUUUUCCUGGACUUCAUGAGACUCAGGGUCCAAACUGAGGUCCCUCUAUGAGUCCAGAACGUGUCCUUACUAAAACCCUGGUACCUCUGCAGCUCCCCUCACAGCGCCCCCUGCAGUGAUCUGAACCAGAGACUGCAGCAGCUCCAGAGCCACUUCACCUGGGACCUGAAGGAGGACGACGUGGACCUGGAGGACCUGAGCGCUCGACUCAACGACCACAUAGAUCUGGAGCUUGGACACCAGGGGGCAGCAGCUCGCUCCUCCAGCCUCCUGGCUUAUGUCAGGUACGGUUCUUCUGUAGACCGGGGGUCCGUUUCACGUAGCAGGUUUAGUGGAAACUCCGAGUUUGUUAACCCUGAAAUCAGGGAAACUCUGAGUUUUCCGUUUCACAAAGGAGGGUUAGUUAAACCAGAGAGAGAGGGGUAACUCUAACCUGUUUCACAAAGAGAGGUAACUCAACCUCGCGGUCAGUUACCACAGUAACAGACUCCGUGAACCUAACCUGCUCGGGAGCAGGUUUAACUCAGUAAACCCAGAGUUUCAGGUGAGACAUCGGCAUUUUGAUCAUGUUUUACAUUGUCAAGUAAGUAUUAAGUGGCAGUUUGAUCCCUUAAAAAAUGCUCUUUUCACACUCAAAACUGAAUUUUACUCUCUUAUUAUGUUCCGUUAAAUGAUUAGGAAUAUUAAACUAACACAAAAACGGGUGGUGGUCCAGCAGCCCCACCUUUAACGGAGGCAGAGGAGCUGCCCCCCACCCCACCCCCGUUCGACGAUCGCGGCCGGUCCGAUCGCAAAUCCCCCCCCCCCCCACAGACACACACACACACACACACACACCAGUCCGACGAUCGCUGCUACGGGGUGGGGGUUUCGAUCGUCGAGGGGGGGGCAGCUCCUCUGCCUCCGUUAAAGAUGGGGCUGCUGGACCACCACCUGUUUUUCUGCCCUCUUUCUGUUUGCUGAGUGAAAGUCUAAUAUUGAGUGUAGUGUGUGUUAGUUUAAUAUAUGUACAUAUACAUACUGAGAGUUAGUUUAAUAUUCCUAAUCAUUUAACGGAACAUCAUAAGAGAGUAAAAUUCAUUUUUGAGUGUGAAAAGAGCAUUUUCUAAGGGAUCAAACUGCCACUUAAUACUUACUUGACAAUGUAAAACAUGAUCAAAAUGAUUCAAGCAGUUUCCCUGCAACAGUCUGUCAUUGUGUUUGCACGAGACUAGAUUUAAAAUUACGCAUUGACGCGAGCAGCGAUUUCCUCCCAAGCCCUCUCCCUCUCCUUUGCAGCUGCUGCUGUAUUGCACUUUCUUUUACGAACGUGCUGUAAUUCGCUGUUGGCUUGCUGCUGCCCCUCCUUCUCCCUGUUUCCAUUGGUUGAUCAUUGAAUCUGCGCUCCACAGAUGCUGGCUGUUUAUGUCUGGCGUGCACGUGCUUAACUCCAGGUCAAACUACUCGGAGUUGUUAAAACCGUCUCAAAUCAGGUAUUGUGAAACCGGAAACUCAGAGUUUCCUAACUCAGAGUAGAUCAACUCAGAGUUAAGGAUUUAACUCAGAGUUUGUUGAACCACCUACGUGAAACGGACCCCUGGUCUGCUCAUGCGGACCCCCCAGUCAGUUCUUCAGGUCCCUGCUCUCUGUAGUCUCAUUAUGACCCAGUAGGACCUCAGCACAUAUUUAUAUUUAUUUAUUAUGACAAAAGUUAGUUACUGAUAACAGCCGCUGAAGGACAGAAAGGGGUCAAAAAAUUUAAACUAAAUUCAUAAAAAUAAACAAAAUUAGUCAUUUAAUGUGAUUUUUACCCAAAGUAGUGACAUCAGCUCUGAGUUUGGCAUUUAAAGGGUUAAAAAUCAUAAUAAUAUUAAUGUUACGAUCAGGACUGAGACUGAUGAAGAGAAUUUAAAAAACUUGUGACUCGAGGGUGAACUCAGGGUCGGUCUCACAGCCGUCUGUUGGUCCUCAGGUUUCUUCAGGGUCGGCCAGAGGAGGCGCUGUCACUCCUUCACCGAUCAGAGGAGAUGACCAGAAAGUAUUACGGCGAGGAGAACGAGUGGCGGCUCAUCGUGACGUACGGAAACCUGGCCUGGCUGAAAUAUCACGGCGGAGACUUCGAAGAGUCCGAGAGCUUCUGCAGGAGGGUGGAGGACGUCCUGGUCUGUGUUCUCCAACCAGGUUUCUGCGCUGAGUGACGGAGGGACGCUAAUCUGAUCAUCUUUGUUUCCUCUGGUCCUUAGGCGGCUUCUCCUGCAGAGCGCCACCAUGAGGUUUACGGAGAAAAAGGGUGGAGCUACCUGAAGUUUUCCAGAAACCACUACACCAAAGCCGUGGACUGUUUCCGUCGAGCGUUGGAGCUUCAGCCCGACGACAGCGAGUGGAACGCCGGCUGUGCCAUCGUUCUCUACCGCCUCGAACCGGUCCGUUUGAAUCCAGAACCGAGUCCCACAAACCUCUACGGAUCCAGAUUAUCGGUUUUACUUCUGCCGACUUUCUCACUUUCAGAGAUCCACGACAGACCGGGACGUCGAGUCGUCGCCGGCGGUCAAGCAGCUUCGCCUCGCCCUGAAGAUAAACCCCGAUGACGGCGCCCUGCUGUCGCUGCUCGCUCUGAGUCUGCUCAGUUUUGAGCAGCUCAAAGAGGCUGAAGGUUUGGUGGAGCGAGCUUUGACGGUCGACCCAGAAAACCCUCACGUCGUUCGAUACGUCGGCAAAUUCCUGCGUAUUCAGGUACGCCGGAACAAACGUCCAACAACGGGUAAACCGGUCAGAGCAGGAGCUGUCUCUGUUUAACAUGGGGCUCUAUGGGGACUGACUCACUGUGGGAGACAGCCCCUAGUGGACACUGGAGGAAGUGCAGCUUCAUGACUGUCACAUGACCUGUCAGUUCUUCUCUCCUGACACGUCUCAACGUUUCUAUUUCAGGGCCAGACUUCACGGUCUAUCCAGCUCCUGAAGGGGGCGCUGCAGAGGAGCAGUGAGUCCGCCUUCAUACACCACCAGCUGGCGCUGUGCUACAAGAAACAGAGGAGCGGUCUAAAAGGCCAAAAACACGUCAAACAGAAAGGUACGUACACGAAGACAGGAGUCUGAGGGGGUCCAGGUCUCACAGGGGGGACGGCGAGGAACUGAUCAAGAUCAAGAUCAAGAUCCUCUGAAGGUCUUUGCUGAAAAAUUCAUGGUCUGCUCCUAAACCUGGAGAUCUUCUUCACAACCGAGGACGCAGCAUCGUUGAAAUUUCUUCUUCUUCUUCUUCUUCUUCUUCUUCUUCUUCUUCUUCUUCUCCGGCAGGAUGUCCUCACAUUCAGAUCCAACUAACAGGAUUUUUUGUUUUGACAUUAUUUAGAAAAAGAAAAUCCGGUCUGGAUUUCCGGCACCGUGCCGGAGGUCUUCAAGCCCUGGGACCUUCAGGGACUCGCAGACCUUCAGUCCGGUUCCUCUGGGUCCUGCACCCUGACCCCCUCAGUCCUCCCUGACCGCUCUUCUUUGAUUCUUCUCUGUAGAGGUCGAUCAGCUGAGGGAACUCUGUCUCCACCAUCUGAGUGAAGCCGUCAGGAUCAGACCUUCGUUUGUCAUCGCUCUGUUGGAUCUGGCGCAGCUGUACUUAGAGGAGAAGAACCUGAGCAGGUACCUGAGCCCACCUGUGCACCCCCCAACACACCCACACACACACACACACACCGGUCAGUAAUCCUGAAUCCUGGUGGUUCUUCUGUCCCACAGGGCGGAGGAACUGUUCCAACAGGGUCUGAAGAACUUGGACUCCGAUAAACACAUUUGUCAGAUUUUUUUCCUGCGCUACGCCGACUUCCACCUGCACCACAGGAAACAGGAAGCUGAGGCCGUCGCUCACUACACCGAGGUGGGUCAGUCUGCGAGUUCAGGAGUGAAGAGACGGGGUUCUGAGGGACCGUCCGCGUUGGUCUGGUCUCAGGAAAGUCUCUGUAACCGGGUUUCUGUUUCUCUCGGCACAGGCGCUGACCUUCGUGAAGGACACGUUUGAAUGGACUCAGAGUGUGAAGGUGAGUCCUUCAGACCUGACUGACCCCCGACCUCCACCUUCAUCCUGAUCGUCUCCUAAAAGGUCAUAUCCUCCGAUCGUAGCUGAUCGUAACCAUUCAAGUUAACGUGUCAAUUUACACCGACUUCUUUCCGUUCCUCUGCGGAUCGCCGGACUCCUCAGCUGAUCACAAGAGUUCUAUUUUUUCUGGACGCCGGAGCAUGGCGGAUAAAUUCAGCACAGAUUAACCCGUGCUGGAAAGGAAGUCGGGCACAGACACAAAAUAAAACAUCCGGCUUCUUUUCAAAAUAAAACACUCCGUGUUUCAGGAGGAUCGUAUUUCACACCAUGCAAACGGACGGAGACGAACAAGUGAAAGGUUUUUAGACGUCAUUUCACCCCGAUGACACCAUGGAUGAGGAGAUGCUGAUUCUAGAAGUCUAGAAGUAGAUUUCCUCCUCUGGAAGGACACAAUCUACUGCUUAUAUGUCUAUGUGUCUGUCUUUAGAGAGACGACUCGUUAUCGAGAGAUUGAUCGUGAAUCUGCAGGUUCUUGUGAGUUCUCGUGAUUACCGAUGUCCGUAAUCCGUCACGAAAUUCUCCUUACAAAUAGAUCCGGUAGGAAUUGGCGAACGGUGAAAAUCGCCGCCGUUCAGGAUGUGGUGGAAAUUGGGGGUCACAUGCAGCCUGUUUGAAACUGUUGGUGGUCUCACUCAGACUCUUCCUGUCGUUCAGAGGUUGAAGCAGAUCGCAGAUCGGCGUCUGUCAGAGAAUGAAAACGACGGCGGGGCUUACGGCCUGCAGGCUCUGGUGUCUCGGGCUGAAGGAGACCUGAAGACGGCGGCGGCGCUUUAUGAGCGCGCUCUGGACUGUGACAAAGACAACCAGGAGUUCCUGUCUGCUCUGUGUGAGCUCCGACUGCAGAUCUGAAGAAACGUUUCAGUCUUGAAGAGCUCAGGUCGAGAUCUGAUCGAUCAGUUUGAUCGAUCAGCAGAAAGGUUGACCUGAACAAUAAACACGAAGACUUAAAGAGAGACUCCGUGUUUUUUUUAUUUCUCCGGCAAGUUUUCACCUGCAGGGGGCGUGGUCUGCUGCACACCUCAGAGAUCAGCGUCUGGGUCUGCAGGGUUCGACUCUUUGUUCACAUUCUUUAAAGUUGAAGAAGUAAGGAGCACAAAGAACUUUAGGGGAUCAAUGAAAACUGAUCAAUAAUGUUUGUCUUAUUGAUCAACCUUAGUACUAUUAUUAGAAAUCAAUUUUAGGUCUUUUGGUCACAUGACAGUGAAGCUAUUGAAGGAAAACAGCCUUUUCUGAGAACAUCAACCGGUAAUUUAUUGACGGUCCCUUAUUCAACACCGACGUUGACAGUGAGGGUGUCGAGUAGAUUUAACCGCGCUGCUGUUGUUAUUCCCGGUUAUGGAGAGUGAGAAGACACCGGUAGAUCCUCAGAGAAUGUCCGUCAGAUAUCCAACCUGAAACUAACUUCACCGCCGUAUUUACAGGAAAAUAUAUCCAACCUGAAACUAACUUCACCGCCGUAUUUACAGGAAAAUAUAUCCAACCUGAAACUAACUUCACCGCCGUAUUUACAGGAAAAUAUAUCCAACCUGAAACUAACUUCACCGCCGUAUUUACAGGAAAAUAUAUCCAACCUGAAACUAACUUCACCGCCGUAUUUACAGGAAAAUAUAUCCAACCUGAAACUAACUUCACCGCCUAUUUACAGGAAAAUAUAUCCAACCUGAAACUAACUUCACCGCCGUAUUUACAGGAAAAUAUAUCCAACCUGAAA